AUGGUUCAUCCCCCUCCUCAGAAGAAAGUUACACUGUCUUUGUCUAAAAGUGUCAAGACUUCUAGUAAGUCUUCUGAAGCUAUAAUCCCCAGUAAAGAUAAAAAUGACGUUGAAGAAGAAUCUAGGUUUAAAGGGUCUGAUUUCAGAAACCCUAGUAUGCAUGUUGAAGGCUCUGAAAAUCCCACUGAAGUAGAAACAAGUGCCACUGGUAAGGAACUUAAGAAGUCCGUUGCAUCUAUUUUGAAGGAAGUAAACUCUGAUAUUUUGCAAGAUGUUCAAACAUCUUUGGCAAAAGAUCCAAGCCCUGACAAUGACUCGAGUGAAAAAGUUGAGGAAAACGUUCCUGAACAUGCAACCCGUGAGAGAAGAAGUAAAAAGAAAGUUGAGCUUGUUGUCAAUAGACGUAAAGGAAAGACUAUUGCUUUUGAAGAAUCUCCCUCCAGGGAAGUAAAGAGAAAAACUGAUGGGUUGAAAGGUUCUCCUUCUAGAAGCUCCAAAGGAAAAUCUCCUAUUGGACCCACUAGGUCAUGGAGUAAAGUUGUUACCCCUACUAGAAAGAUAAAAGUUGUCUCUUCUAGUGAAUCCGAGUUUGAUGUUGAAAACGAUGUCCAGGACAUCACCCCUAUAAAAAGAUCUUCUAACAAGAAGCCUCAUGAUGCUAGGCCCAAAGCUCCAUUGGACAAUGCUUCUUUGCAUUAUGUGAAGAAAGCAGAAAGGUGGAAGUAUGUCAUUCAGAGGAGAGUAUCCCUGGAAAGAAAAUUUGGUAAAGAUUCCCUUAAGUGUAAGGAGGUCAUAGAACUGAUAGAAGCAGAUGGAUUGAUGAAGACAGUCACACACUUUGGACCUUGCUAUGAAAGCUUAGUAAAGGAGUUUGUGGUGACUAUCCCUGAUGGAUGCGAUGACCUGAAGAGCACUACCUAUGGAAAGGUAUAUGUGAGAAGAAAUGUUGUAACAUUCUCCCCAGUUGUGAUCAAUAAAUUCCUAGGAAGACCAGAUGAACCUCAGGUUGAAAUGGAAGUCACUGAUGAUCGGGUGUGCAAAGAGAUCACAACCAAGCAGGUUAGACAUUGGACAAACAAAGAGAAGUUGCAUGCUGGUAAGUUCAGUGUAAAAUAUGUCAUCCUACACAGGAUUGGUACUGCCAAUUAG